AUAUCAAUAUUGCAUAAAAAGAUUAUGUACCAACUACCACCGUUUCUUAUUCGCAGAGGCAAUAAUUAGAUUUUGGGGUGGUGUAAAAUGUAAAUGAGAUCAUGAGAAUAUGUGUAGCAGUGUAGUGUAGAUGGUUAAGGGAGAAAGAAACUAGUAACCUGUAACCCAAUUACCCAAGUUUUAAAUUGGAGCUGGAAACCCUCUUCUUCUAAGGCAUCUACCAUGGCUACUCUACGAAUGAUAGAUAUUGCAGUCAACUUUACAGAUAGCAUGUUCAAAGGAAUAUACAAUGGGAAACACUAUCAUGCUGCUGAUAUUCAAGCUGUUCUGAAGCGAGCCUGGGCUGCGGGGGUUGAAAGAAUCAUAGUUACUGGCGGCUCACUUGAGGAAUCAAAAGAAGCUCUUGCAAUUGCAGAAUCAGAUGCUAGACUGUUCUGCACAGUAGGAGUGCACCCGACAAGAUGCAACGAAUUUGAUGAGAGUGGGGACCCAGAAAAGCAUUUUCAAGCACUCUUAUCACUUGCUAAGGAGGGCGUUCAUAAAGGAAAGGUUGUGUUUAAGAAAUUCAAAGUGCUGAUGAAAUGAUUUUUUGGUGAAGAUAUCUGCCAAUUGAAGAUGAGAGGGAAUAUGUUGAACAUGCAAAUCACCAUGAGCUACCCUGUUCCCAAAAAUGUUGAUGUGUUUACUAUGAUCACAUUGUACAAAUAUUAUCACACAAGAAACACAGUCAAACAAGGUGGUUGCCAUUGGAGAGUGUGGAUUGGACUAUGAUAGGCUUCAUUUUUGCCCUUCUGAUAUUCAGAAGAAAUACUUCGAGAAGCAAUUUGAAUUAGCAUCUAUGAUGAAGUUGCCUAUGUUUCUUCACAUGCGAGCAGCUGCCCAUGAUUUUUGUGACAUAUUUGAAAGGAAUUAUGAUCGGUUUUGUGCCGGUGUUGUUCACUCUUUCACAGAUAGUGCAGAAGAUCGAGACAAGCUUCUCUCAUUCAAUAAUCUUUUUAUAGGUGUCAAUGGUUGUUCUUUGAAGACUGAAGAGAACAUCGAGGUUGUUAAGGGCAUUCCUAUCAAUAGGAUGAUGAUUGAGACUGAUUCUCCUUACUGUGAAAUCAAGAACACACAUGCUGGGUCUCGUUUUGUGAAAUCUUUGUGGUCGUCUAAGAAGAAAGACAAGUAUGACGAAGAAUGUCUCGUUAAAGGUCGCAAUGAACCAUGUUUGGUUAGGCAAGUAGUCGAGGUCAUUGCUGCCACUAAAGGCAUAGCUGACAUUGAAGAUUUGAGCAAAACAUUGUAUCACAACACUUGCAGGGUUUUCUUUCCUCAUGAUUUGGAUUCGAUGGCUGAUGUGCUUCUGGCUAGCAGUCCCAAAACAGUUUGAUGAACCAUUUGUUUGAGAGUUCUCUGCUAAUUUUGUAGUCUUCUACUUCAUUCCAAUCAUCAUUACGGUACAUCCUGAAUGUUCAUAUUCAUUGACUGUCGUGUGUUACUGAUUUUGCUACUUUAUUUUUUUGAUGACCCGAAGUUUUUUUAUGUAUUUAUAAUUUUGGAGGAAGCUUUAAAGCACAAGUCCACCAAGAAAUGACUUCCACAGAAUUGGUGUCUUAAUAUUAUUUCAAAUUUUCUAUUCCAGUAC